AAGCUUCCUGGAAGCCCACACUUCCGUGUCCCGAGUCCACGUGACUGCAGAUCACAAGAGUCUGACCAAUCGGAGAAGUGCCAUGAAACACCGCCUCUUUUGUACCGCGCGACUCAUUUCUGUCACUGCUUCUUCUUCUUCUUUCUUUACGGCGGAUCGCAGACUUAUAAGUGCAUUACCGCCAUUUCUGUCACUUCGACAUUGAUCAAUAUAUUCAUGUGUACAGUUUGUUCAGGGAUUUUACUGUUCGAUUAAAACGAAACAAACCUUGAAAACAGAACAUAUGGCAUCAGUCCAGUGCGACCGAAGCGAUUUUUGAACCGAUAUUAGUUAUUAGCUAUUUUUUUGUUUGUUUCAAGCGUACCAUGCGCGUCAUCUCCGCCGUGGCGUGAUGACGUUUUUCCGGCCGAGCGUCAGACGGUGGAUGGAGGAAUAACAGCGCGCAAAACAUACAGACGACUGCUCGUGUGUCUCCGCAGGCCGUGACUGCGACCGUGUGUGGAGCGAUGGCCACACCGUUUGUUCCGGUACCCGUGCCCAUUGAGCGAGCUCCGCGGGCGGACAGCAGGAGAGAGAGAGCCGCGGCUCCGGACAGAUGCCCGAGUCCCGUCACCCGCGCCAGGCUCAACGGCACCGAGCGCUCGGUGGAAUUUUCCAGCUACCCGCUUCCAGAGACUCCGGGACAGAGCUGGGAGGAGCGGCCUAUCACGCCCACCGUGCUGGGGUACGAGGUGAUGGAGGAGAGGGCCAAAUUCACAGUCUAUAAGGUUCUGGUGAGGAAGACUUUGGACGAGAGCUGGGUCGUGUUCAGACGCUAUACUGACUUCUCAAGACUCAACGACAAGCUGAAGGAGAUGUUUCCGGGGUUCAGACUGUCUCUUCCUCCGAAGCGCUGGUUCAAAGACAACUAUGAGACGGAGUUCUUGGAGGACAGACAGCUGGGCCUGCAGGCCUUCCUCCAGAACCUCGUGGCACACAAAGACAUCGCCAACUGUGUGGCGGUUCGGGAGUUCUUGUGUCUGGAUGAUCCUCCCGGCCCGUUUGACAGUCUGGAGGAGAGUCGGGCGUUCUGUGAGACUCUAGAGGAGUGUAACUACAGGCUUCAGAAGGAACUUCUUGAUAAACAGCGAGAGAUAAACUGCUUAAAGAAAACACUGGACGAGAAAGAGCGCCACAUUCAGAUGCUGGAAGGACGAAUCAACGGGGACGUUCUCACUCCAGACAGUCCGUGUUGUGCGUCCGGAGCGGGCAGCGACUGCAGUCUGGACGUGGAGUCUUCUGCUGCGGAGGCCGAUCAGGAGCUGCAGGAUGAAAGCCAGGCUGCGCUCCGCUCGUCUCAGAGCUCCGUGUGUUGGUGCGGUCCGUCUGUCAGCGGCGCGUCUCCUCCUGUCAUUCAGGUCACUCCUCUGGAACACUGAGCGUCUCUCCUCUUCUUUUAUUUUGGUUCCCGUGUGCAGCCGCGACGGAGGCACCAUGUGAUCUGUUUUCUGGACUGGUGUUUAAUGGCAGCCAAAGAGUGACAUUUAGCCCCGACACGAACACGCCACGCGCCAGGAAGCAGAAUCACUCGACGAUCAGCGGCACACUGAGACUGAGACCCGCCGCUGCUGGAACAACAUCUCUCUCUGUUCUCAGGGGCACGUCUAUGUUUUAAUUUUGUUUUUGAGGUAUAAUCGAGUGAGACUGGUGUUGGUCUCUGAUGGGCUUUUUCACGUGUCAUCAGCUCAGAUGGUGAUCACGUCUGCUUCCUGCACUCUACAUUCAUGCAGCUGAUGCUCGUCAUAAUCGUGCAGUGCUCGUGUGAGAUGAAACACUGCGAGCGUGAGUUUUUAGUUCAGUUUUCUGCUUCACUGAAAGCCAUAUUUAGAUCACAGCCGAGGCCUGUCGCUCCUGCCUGCGGUCGGUCUGUAGCGGGACACGUCGUGCACUUUACGCUCCUGAGGGAUUAUGGGAUAGAUGCUUCUACACUGCUUGAUGAAAUCAUGUCGAACACCACGUUAAAGCUUCGUUUGAAGCCGUGUGCCUUCUCACAGAGUUUCACUGAUGACACGGUGCCUUGCGUCUUCUCACAGAGUUUUAUGUAUUUAAAUGAUGUACAUAUUAAAAUGUGCUUUCCGUUGGUUUUGCCUGGGUUCUGUUUGCUUCUGGGAUGUUUCAGAAUGUGUCUCCGUGUGUUUUGUGCUUGAUUAAUUGAUCGUGUUUUUACUCAGACAAAGGAUUGGAGAAGGGAUACGGGAAGUAGAUGAAGUGACGCGGCGCUGCUCUCGCCAUCGACUGUGAUUUAA